AUGGCCAAAACUGCCGAGGUGGAGGAGGUGAACCGCAUCCUGGACCCCACUGACCAAGAUUGGAGUGUGGACCAGAUCACUCUCCGACAGCUGCAUGCAUUGUCGAACCGCAGCCGGUCCUCGAAGACACAGAGCAAGCGAAGCAUACAGCCAUCGACAAAUGCGGCUGAGAAGCCUUCAGCCCAGGCGUCGAUCAACACUGUCGAUGACGAAACUCAGGUGCGUCGGAUACUCACGGACCUUCUCGGAGAAUGGGACAAGGUGCAGCCGGAAACGCUGGCUGGAAGAGGCUUUGUCGAAGAAGAGGCCCUACCAAGAAAAGGAGCUGCGAGCAUAUCCUCCACGCCGGCAUAUAGCGCCGACCUCGCCGGCAUGCCGUUGCAGUGGCCGACGACAGGUGUGGCUGCUGGUGCGAGUGCUAUGGCGUCGUCCAACCCAGGGUACACCAUUCCAAGCCCAAAUCUGGCAUGGCAGCAAAGGACCGCCGUAAGCCAGACUGCAGGACCUACGCGGGUCAAACAAACUCCGCUUGGACUUGGUGUGGAUUUGCUAAAUGCCGGAGUCGCAGGAGGACAUGAACCUGCGACUGUGGAGGUCAGUGCAUCAUCUCCGGUGCACAAACUCGUGGAGCCGCCGCAUCUUUUGCGCACAGCACUGGAGUGUACCGAAGAUGAUCAGGACGACGAGGCCUGGUUUCACAACAGGUUAGAGAUCGCAGAGAGCGAAAAGCUUGUGCCAGAGCAGCUGCCUGUCAUGAUUUGCAGCAGGCCAGCAGAAGUUCAUGAUGCAGUUCGGUUAACUCAUAAGAGGAUGAUAGGAUGGGCUGGUGAAUGCACAGAUUCGAAGGUUUAUUUGUCACUGCCUUUCCAGGACGGAAUUUGGCCGCUGGCCUGCCUCUUACAGCUAACCACGUUUGUCAUCGUGAAAGCUUGCAGGGCUCGGUUUCGCCGAGAUUCUCAGUGUGCUUACUCGUUCGUGCACCACCACCUUGCACAUGUGCAGACCGUGGAUCAAGAGAACCUGAGCCAAUUUGGAGGUGGCCUGCUAGAUUUCGCCAAGAAUGCCUCCUUGUCUCCCAUGGCAUCCUCCGAGCUGUCAUUGCUGCCCCUGAAACCUGGGGAUCAGCUGUGGCGGCGCAUCGCAGAUGGCAGUUGCUGGCAUGCAUUGUAUGUGGGCCAGUUCCUGCUCACCGCCUGCGAGGAUGGUGCAGAGCUGUCUAUUCUCGGAGAGGGCGCCGAGCAGCUUCCCCCGUGCGUGGUGGCGGUGCAAUUUCUCGAGGGGUCCCGCGGAUCAGUUUGCAGGAUUCCACUGGCAGACUUCGUCGAUGCUUCCAAAGGCCCAGGUGACUGUGCAGACCUUGACGAUUGCUCCAGCCCUGCUAGAGUAACGGCUGCAGACAUCUCCGUUCGGCUCUACACGCGAAGACCGCGUGGACGCCGAGCCGCUGUUGCCCGAGCGCUGAUGGCAAUCGGAGUCCAGGUGGAUUUGGCGGCUGUCAGCAGCCAGCCCGAGCUUCUGCCUUGGUGGGCCAUCUUUGAUGAGGCGGAGACUUUUCAGCCAGGGCUUUGCACGUCUCGCCGCCGUGCAGUUCGCUAUCGCUUGUCACCCAAGGCGGAAGGCAGCGCUGUUCCUCCCCAGCUGCUGGACGCAGUCUUGGCGGGAGGGGCGGUCGUCCGCCAGGGCCGGGUCGUCCUGCGAGGACUGCGGCUGGUUAAGGCCUUGCGUGUGGGCAAAGCCGCUGGCGCGCUUGCUUCAGCAGGCACGAGCUGGGCCAACCUGGGAGGCUUCGUCGGCCAGGCCAUAGCUGGAAGCCUUCUCGACGAUGGCAACUCAACAACCGCGAUGGCUACGGCAGCCGGGGGCUGGGCUGGAGGCUUGGCAGGAAGCGGAGUUGCCGCUGCUGCGGCCUCCAGCUUGGGAAUUGAGGCCCUGGGUGCCGGCUCUGUGGCUGGAGGCUUGGUGGUGUGCGGCUCCCUCAGCGCUGUAGGCGCCGUGGCCGGCGCUGGCCUCGCCUUCGCCGUGAAGCGUCUCUUGGUGGCCGACAAGGGUGCGCAGCCCGACCGGAGCGCCGAAUACUUUGACUGUCCUCUACGUCUUCUCGGCAGUGCAGAUGAUGUCUUUCACCUUUUUGGCGCGAGCCUCGAGUUCCCUCCAGAAGACGGAGUCGUCACAAAUGGUGAGACCGAAGAGACGCCGCGCUUGGCCGCCGCAGGGUGGUACGCAGUGAGAGUGUCAGGGGCAUUGCCGGCAGACUGA